GAUAGACCCGUGGGUUUACUUACUAAAUCAAUUUCGGAUAGUAGUGAAAUGCCGUGUGGACAAACCCUCAAUCUCGUGCCAGCAGCGUCAACCUGGUCAUACAUGAAUAUAAAACAAAACAAGAUAUUCGGCUCAUGUGCUCAAUUGCGCUACUUACAAGUUGCAAGAUGAUAUUGGUAGUCACGGCAUCUCUCCAUCAAGGCUAUAAAUCAUCAUAAAUGGCUUCACCAUCAUAUAUAGCGCAGUCUAGUUCUCCUGUUCCGACCGAUCAGUCGCAAUUAUCAAAUCAAAUUUAUCAUAAUGCCCUUCGUCAACUCAAUCGUUUACGAACAAAUUUUGAAUCGCGACAAGAGACAAUUGGACUCGAAGAUCGCAAUCUCCUCUUACGGCAGAUGGAAGAGUGGUGUGAGGAAAUUGGAUACAAGCCUGCCGACUUCAAUGUGUUAAACGCUAUACACAUUGCUGGGUCGAAAGGAAAAGGCUCAACAGCAGCCUUUGUUUUCUCGAUAUUAUCUGAAUACCUGGCUGAUGAAUGUGAUUCUGAGGAUAAUACUUCUGCUUCGUUGAAAAAGAUUGGUUUAUAUACAUCACCGCACAUGCGUAGCGUUCGGGAACGAAUCCGAAUAAGAGAGUCACAGGCGACUGACUUUACAGACACUCCCCUCGAUGAAAACAAGUUUGCACAUUAUCUAUCGGAAAUAUGGGUACGGCUAGGAAUGGACAGCCGAGAGCUCUCAUCGAGUCCACCAUUCGCGAAGUUCCUCACGCUGAUGGGUCUGCAUGCAUUUAUGCAGGAAAAGGUUGAUGCGGCGGUCGUAGAGGUUGGUAUUGGGGGACGCUAUGACUCAACCAAUAUUCUCCGCCAGCCUAGUGUCUGCGCUAUAACUAGUUUGGGACUAGAACAUACCGAUAUACUUGGUUCUACGUUAGAGGGGAUUGCAUGGGCCAAGGCAGGUAUCAUGAAAAAAGGAGCUCCUGUGUUUACGGCGCCACAAGACCCAGAAGCCAUGGCUGUGUUAAAAACUACAGCGGCGUAUGAAGGUGUAGAUCUUCAUGUCGUUGCAACACAUCCAGAUCUUGAAUCCAUCGAACUUGGCCUUCGAGGUGAUUUCCAACGAAUAAAUGCUAGUUUGGCGGUGGCAGUAGCUGCCAAACAUCUUUGCCGGAUGGGAUUUAGUGGUAUCGCAGAAACAACGACAUUCAUGAAAUCUCCAUUGCCUGAGAAGUUUCGUCGGGGUCUGGAAAAAGCACAAUGGCCAGGGCGGUGUGAGACGCGGCACAAUCACGGAAUCCGUUGGUUACUUGAUGGAGCCCAUACCAUAGAAAGCAUUGAAGUUUUAGGGCCUUGGGCAGUUAAAAAUAUGGUAGUACAGAAACAAGCUCGACGUGUUCUUAUAUUCAAUCAGCAAACAAAGGAUGCAACGGCGCUACUCCGUCAUCUUUGGCAGGUCAUGUCGCAUUUCGCUAGCGUAGAGCCGAUUUUCCAUCAAGCGAUAUUUUGUACUAAUACUCUAUGGGAAAGAAAUGCAGCUCCGGAUAUUGAGCGUGUCUCUAUGACAUACUCGGGAGAUUCGAUCCAAGAUCUUAAAGUGCAACAUGAAUCAGCAAAGUUCUGGGCUGAGAUCAGUGGAGGAGAAUCUGCAGUGACCGUUAUGCGGACCGUCGAAGAGGCUAUUCGAUGUGCAGCUCAUGGUUAUGGUGAUAGCAAUUGUGGAGGAAAAGGCGGUGAUGAAGCGGUAGUGUUGAUUACUGGUAGUCUUCAUCUGGUGGGGAGUGCCUUGGAGUUCUUGGAUACGUUCGCAUGAUCAGACACUCACAUGAUUCGUUCUUGGUGAGCUAAAGGAAGAUAACUGUAGAGUGUCUUUGGCUCCCUCUUUGAUAUUUAGACGUUUUGCAGGAAACAUCGACAGAUACUUUCUCGAACAAGGCUUCUCUCUGCCGUGUGAUAAUAACGCCAUCAUAAUCGUCUAGACUACGCAAUGGGUACCUACAGACCAGGUUAUUGGUCAUGCAGAAUGUCUGCAGGUUGUCCGUCUGCAGAGCAGAUUAUUGAAAAGUUCAGGCAGACUAACUACAAUCGGACUAUAGAUUAUUUCUUAUAAUACAAAUAACUCAUCUAUCUAUAAUUUUGCCGACGAUUUGCUAAUUAUCUAUAGAUUACUUCUAAGCUAUCGUUAGAUAAUCUGUGGACAAAUCAAUAAUCCAAGAUUUCA